AUGCCCGAUUCCUCCACGUCAAAACCCCAGCCAUCGACUAUUCUAACCGCGUUGUCCGUGUCCUCCACGUCGUCGAAGCUUGUCCUCAAGAUACCUCCUGUAACACCCCCCAAACGUCCUUCUCGACGAAUACCGUACAUCGAACUACCAAGGCUGUCAGCUGCUAAGAAGGUACUGUAUAAGCCAGUCGAAGAAACCUCCAUGAAGGGUGAUUAUGAACCACGUGUCGACGAGGUCAUUGGUGAACACCGCGAUGGCAAGUACCUUUAUUAUUUUGCUCGCUAUGACGGAGGGAUAGCCCAUAAGUUUCCUGCAACGCGUUUUGAAGCCAAGCGUAAGGAUCUCGUAGAAGAAUAUACACGAAAGAAGAGGGAAGGCGCUUUAGCCCCCUUCGACCCAAGUGCCCACUAUAUCCACCCUCUUUCCCGCGUCAAAAUGACAAUAAGCAUCAAGAGCGAUCGUUCUUCUCGUGCAUCCAGGUCUGACGACGAAGUCGUCCCAGAUUCUGAAGAGGACUACGAAGAAGAAACAGACGACGUUGACGACAACGAGUACAAUGGCAGAAGACUCCGCAACCAACCUCCCAGAGCGGCGCGCAAGCCUGCUACCAAGGACCUUCCUUUCAGUCCCAAGAAAACCAAGUCUCGGAAGGUGCUAACAAUCAUGGACUCGGAGGACAGCGUCAGCGAAUUCGACGAUGUCGAGGAAGUUCAUCCAACCCGGCGGUCUACACGUUCCAGAAAGGCAAUAGAAAUCAACCUUGUCUCCGACGACGACGAAUAUAUCGACGAAGAUGAGCUAGCGCGAAAGCAUAAGCAAAAGGGCAAAACAAGCAAAAAAACGUCUCGUCCAAAAUCGGCAUUGCCCAUGUAUGGGCAUUUCCGCGAAAUCAGCACCUUCAAGGACGAUCCAUUUUCAGAUGACGAAGAGAACGAAGCGUUGAGGCGUCACCGUGAUCUGUGCGAGAAGUGCCACCUCGGCCCAGCCCAUAAGCAACUCGCUGCAUUUAAGAAGAGAUCAAAAGGGAAAGGGAAGAAGAGGAAAAGGAGUACAGAUGAUGAGUUCGAGGAGUCAGACAGCGAACAACGAUACAUCGACCUCGGGGGUUGGGUUCAAUGCCUCAAAUGUCCUGUUGUAGCCCAUUGGAAAUGUUUAGCAAAUACCCAACGCGAAGAGGUAUUGAAAGCAGUCCGGGAAAAGGACCGAAAGGAAUGGGAAAGGAAAGGCAGCGAAGGUCAACCCCCUCGCAAACGGUCUGAACUAGACAUCAAUCAAACAACGGAAUUUACAUGCGGUUCGUGCAUGAGGGGUGGCGUUUGUAUGGGAUGCAUGGAAAUUGCAUUAGAGCCUGACCCGUCACGCACGAAAACAACAAAUGAGGCCGUCACUUCAACAGCCGAAGAUGUCUCUAUGAUAGAUGGAACACCUGAAGCUCAAGAUGGUGCCGUGCAAAGUCUGGCGCGCGAGCUUCUGUUCCGAUGCUUCACCUGCAAACGCCUUGCCCACUACGCCCAUUUGCCAAAGCCUUUAGGCUUCGAAGAAAGUUCUACCCCCGACAUAGCAGACCACUAUCAGACGUCGAAGAGCUGGCUCUGUGCCAAUUGUUCGUCGUAUAAAUAUGGACUCGAUAAGAUCAUCGCCUGGCGUCCUUACCCUGCAAAUGCUGUUGAAACUCCUCUGCGGCCAGGGGAGUUCCCGAAUUACAAAGCCCAUCUUCCAAGAGAAUAUCUCGUAAAGUGGGCAGGGAGGAGCUAUCGGCGUACUGAAUGGGUUCCUCAUAUGUGGCUCCUCUCGACAAACACGGCUAAACUGAAGAACUUCGUUUCUGGUGGGACUAAGGUUGAAUUGCUCAAGGAACCCCUCAACGAAGACGACAAUGCCAUGGAAGUGGAUGCUCCAGGCGGCCCACCGAAAGCCCUAUUUGAUUCUAAGCCAGUUUCCCGGGCAUCUUCUCUCAAAUCAGAUGCAAUUAACUCAGCUAUCGCAGCUCUGCCUGAUGCCGAACGUCGCAUACCUCCUCCCUGGAAGACGGUUGAUCGCGUUUUAGACAUCUUACUCUGGCGCAAGAGCUCCAAAAAAUCUGCGGGGAAGAAAAAGUCGAAGCGUCCAAUUGCUCUCAGCAGUGACGAUGACGACGACGACGACGAGAUGAAGGAAGUCACAUCAGUUGUUUUCGAGAAAGGGCAACAACCGCCUGACAGCCUCACGGAGACAGUCGAUGAAUGGGAAAUACACGACGACCUCGAGAAGAAAGAUGCCAAUCGAGUAGUGUGGGCCUUCUUUAAAUGGAAUGAACUUGGAUAUGAAGAAGCUACAUGGGAUGCCCCUCCACGUCAUGGCGAGCCCGGAUACGAAGCCUUCAAGGCGGCCUUCGGGCGAUUCGUUGAAUCUCGGAACGUUAUUAUACCGAAACAGGAGAAAAAGUACUGGGAUAAGUUCGAUGCACGAGAUCCAAAUGCGUACCGCAGGCAGCACAUGUUGAAGGACGCGUCGGAUCUCGACUUGGGACAGGCGCCGAAUUUCAAACUCAUGCCAUUUCAGGUUGAUGGCUUCAACUGGCUGUGCAACAAUUGGUGGACUCAUCAACACUGUAUCCUUGCAGAUGAGAUGGGUUUGGGCAAGACAGUUCAGAUAGCCGCAUUCUUGGGGAACAUAGCGGACAAGUUCAAAGCGUUCCCUGCCCUCGUUGUUGUCCCUAACUCUACUAUCACGAAUUGGGUUCGAGAAAUCGAACGAUGGGCGCCUAGACUUCGCGUUGUUCCUUUUUACGGCGACAAGAUUGCUCGAGACAUUGUCAAACAGUUCGAACUCUUCCAUAGCGCUGUGGAACCGGGUAAUUUGAAAACCAAAUUCCAUAUCCUUGUUACGACAUACGAAACUUUGACCAAUGCGAAGGAUGUUGGCUCUGUUUUCAAGAGCCAGCCACGUUGGGAGGUACUUGUUGUUGAUGAGGGCCAGAGGUUGAAAAGCGACAGCAGUCUAUUGUUCAAGAAACUCAAUGAACUGAAUACCGCUCAUCGAAUAAUUAUGACUGGGACACCGUUAAAUAACAACAUUCGCGAAUUGUUCAACCUUAUGAAUUUCCUAGAUCCAGAGGAAUGGAGGGAUCUCGAAGCUUUAGAAAAGCAACAUGAAGUUUUGGAUGAAGAGCUCGUUAAGCAGCUGCAUACAAGGCUGAGGCCGUACUUUCUGCGGCGCAUCAAGAGUGAGGUCCUCGAAUUACCUCCGAAGAAUGAGGUCAUUGUUCCUAUCUCUAUGGCCCCACUACAAAGAGAGGUGUAUCGCUCUAUUUUGACACACAACGCAGACAUUUUGAAAGGCUUGACCCAACCUGGGGCCGCACAAAAUGCACCAGCGAAGACUCGCAUCAACAACGUUCUCAUGCAAUUGCGGAAAUGCCUCCAACAUCCUUAUAUCUAUGACGAAGAUAUCGAGCCUCGGGAUGUUACCCCACAGGAGAUGCACGAGAAGCUUAUAGAUGCAAGCGGAAAGUUGCGGUUCCUCAAGUCAUUGUUGCCGAAGCUCAAAGAGCGUGGACAUCGGGUUCUUCUCUUCAGCCAGCUCGUCAUAGCAUUGAAUGUAGUGGAAGACUUUUUGGCAGGAGAGGGUUAUAAGUUUCUCCGCUUGGAUGGAAACACCAAGAAUAAUGUUCGUCAGAAAAUAAUGGACGAAUAUAACAAACCUGGCUCGGAGUACUUCAUAUUCCUUCUUACUACACGGGCUGGGGGUGUGGGCAUAAAUCUUUUUACUGCCGACACCGUCAUCAUAUUUGAUCCCGACUUUAAUCCUCAUCAGGAUCUACAAGCGAUUGCCCGUGCGUACCGAUUUGGACAGAAGAAAACUUGUUUGGUCUUCAAAUUGAUGGUGAAGGAUUCUGCUGAAGAACGAAUAAUGCAAAUCGGGAAGAAGAAAUUGGUCCUUGAUCACGUCAUUGUCCAGAAAAUGGACGAUGACGAUGAAACGGGAGGAGAGAACGUUCAGUCAAUUCUUACAUAUGGUGCUAAGGCGCUUUUCGAGUCCGAGCAAAAUAUUCGUGACAUUACAUAUUCCGACCAUGAUGUUGACAACCUCAUUGAGAAAACCGAGAAAGAAGCUGUUCCUGAAGCCCCGAAAGCUGGUGGCGGUCUCGCCUUCUCCUUCGCCAAAAUCUGGGCCGCAGACAAAGAUGAUCUGGAGGAGGUUGCGGACGAUGACCAGGGUGAUUCGUGGGCUCAGACCCUCCAGAUGAUCAACGCGGAACGAGAAAAGGCUCAGAUUAAAGACAUGGCUCAGUCCGGCAGAGGAGCUCGUCGCCGCGCUGCAGAUAUAGCCAAGACCAGGAUGAACAUCACCACCAAUGGCUCUCAAGUUUUCACCACCACCACCAGCAAGGCCAAGAAGGUGUCGAAGGCUGCCGAAUCUGAUGGUUCAGCCUACAACCUCUCUGAUCGAGAGUCCGAGAUUGAAUCCGACGACGAUAGCGCCGUCGUCGAUGAAGAUUUUACCUUGGAUGUCAGCCGUAGAUCUAAGCAUCCCUUGAAUGCCAUCCAAAAUAAUGGUCAUGUCAUCACUCAUGACUGCGGACUCUGUGGACAGCGCCAUGGGUCUGGACAGUGUGCCAUGGUUGAACGAUCUGAAAAUCUUGCCGAGUAUCGAGAAAUGCUCACUCUUCACGCGGACGAUGAGCCUUGGGAAGAAAGGAAGGCCGCCGUUCAGGUCAUCGAUGAAAUCCUGCACGCUAGGGGACAUAUCUCAUUAAUCGCUGGGCAGCCGCUACAUCCUUUGGCGAAGCCCAUUCCUCAGCCUUCCGUUCCGAAAAAAGUCAACGCCUCAAAAGCAAUCAGUAAACCUGGUCCCAAGUCUGUCCAAGACAAGAUGAAAUCAUCGAAUCAUCCGUCUUCUUCGCAGUCUAGUGAAUCUGUCAAGAAGAAACCAGUACUAUUCGCUAUUUCUCAGGCGGGUAAGUGUGUUCUAUGUGGGGAAUCUGGACCGCAUGGAGCGCAGAGUUGUGCCGUAGCCAAAUCGGAUUCGAGAAGCCUUUCGACGCAUAUCAGAAAUUUAGAAACUAUGGGUGAUGCUUCUUUCACCCCUACAAUCAAUGCGUUGCGCAGCCUUUUAUCCAGGGCGAAGUCGCAAGAGAUUACCAAUGGACCAGCGAGCAAGACCGCCUAA